GCAUUGCAUUCGAUGGAUCCCGCAACACUGUGGUCGUAGGUAUGUACGGUAGAGUAAUAGAAUGAAUACGAGAGUACAUCAUACGUACAACACAUGGCUGGAUGGCUCGUCGGAACGCCCAUCUUGUUGCCUAUCCAAUGCGAAGCCGCCAUUUUCUGUUGCUGCUGCUGGGUGGCACGAUGUAUACGUAAGGCCUGCCUACAUACCAGGUAUCACCGCCUCCUUCUUCCCCUCCCUCCGCCACAUUCUCUAUCAUACAAACACCGCGCACGCACAUUUCACCCUACUGCUUGCCGCGGUGGAAAGUUCGUCGGUGAUCCGGCCAGCCGGAUAGCGAGAAAACCCAGAACCGAGCGAAGGAACGUGGUCUCCGCUCGGAAAGAAGAUCUCAUAAGUGAAGGAAAGCAGAGGAACGGACGGCGCUUAGCCCAGGUAUGUAUGGUAUGAAGAAGGGACGAGACGGCAUGGCAAGGGAGGGGAGGUAACCUCCCUAGCGGCGGGCCAUUUCUGUCCGAAUGCCAGUCGAAAAAAGCCCGGUCCAGACUUCUCCGUCUCCCAGACGUGAGGGAAAAGAAGGCAGCAAAAAGAUCUG